CCGGAAGUGAACCGAAACAAAAAGGCAGGCGUCGACCCAAACAAGUUCGUGUUCGCUCGGUCUCGUUACAGUGCUGGUCGUCAUGUUGGGGGGAGGUUUCAAGGCAGAGAGGCUCAGAGUCAACCUCCGGCUUGUUAUCAACCGACUCAAACUUUUGGAGAAAAAGAAAACUGAGCUGGCCCAGAAGGCGAGGAAGGAGAUUGCUGACUACCUGUCGUCAGGUAAGGAUGAGCGAGCAAGGAUCCGCGUGGAGCACAUCAUCAGAGAGGACUACUUGGUGGAAGCCAUGGAGAUCCUGGAGCUUUAUUGUGACCUACUGCUGGCACGCUUUGGCCUCAUUCAGUCCAUGAAGGAACUAGACCCUGGUUUACAAGAGGCAGUGUCUACCCUUAUCUGGGCAGCUCCUCGUCUGCAGUCUGAGGUGUCAGAGCUCAAAAUAGUGUCUGACCAGCUGUGUGCAAAAUAUAGCAAAGAGUAUGGCAAGCUAUGCAGGACAAACCAGAUUGGCACAGUCAAUGACAGGCUCAUGCACAAGUUGAGUGUGGAGGCUCCUCCGAAGAUCUUGGUGGAGCGCUACUUGAUAGAAAUAGCAAAGAACUAUAAUGUGCCGUAUGAGCCUGAUGCCAUGGUCAGGCCUGAGGUGUGCCCUGGUGAAGAGGCAGACCUGAUUGACGUUGACAAUGACAUCAAGAAGUCUGGUGGGGGAGGAGGCGGGGGUGGAGGCUUCACAGCUGGUGCUAUGCCCAUGCCCAUGCCAAUGCCCAUGCCUAUGCCUUCAGCUUUUAACUAUCCACCUCCCAAAGGAGCAGAGCCCUUCAACGCCCCUGUCGGGACCUAUAAUAGCUUUAACAACUUUCAGCCUGCCAUUGGAGGAGGGCAGCCCCCUCAGCUGCCCAGUUGCCCCCCGACAUAUGAGUCUAUCGAUGACCUUUCUAUCAAACCCUCUGUUCCCUCCCAGGCAGUAGCUCCUGGCCCUUCAUGUCAGCUGUACGACAACAAUGCCCUCCCAGAGCUCCCCUCUGUUCCCGACACACUUCCCACAUCCUCCUUCGGUGGGAACACUGCCACCUCCGAUGACAUCGACUUUGAUGACCUGUCGCGGCGAUUUGAAGAGCUGAAGAAGAAGACCUAAUUGGAAGCAUCGUGUUCUCCACUUGCUAGCCUGUGUUGUCAACCUCCACAGCCUCAACCAGGAAAUGGAAAAUGUUCAAGGCUCUAAAUCAGAUAUGGAUUGUUCAUCCCCGCUACACAGUGAAGUAAUCUCAGAUCUUAAAUUUACCCCCGUUCAGACAAAUGUGGUUAGCUCAUGAAGGGUGCGGUUGCUCACUCGAAUGCUUUCUUCUACAAAUCGCAUUUCUUUAAAAAUCAGUGAGCACUGCAGUUUUCUCUUAAUAUCGUAUUUCUCACCGCAUACAAUCAAAUGUCUGAAUGGCAAUGUUUUAUACUCGCUCCUUGGAAAUACUGUGUGCCUUUCUAAGGCCGUUCUGAUCCUUUUCCCAUUUGUCUCUGAUGUAUUGUUUGAUGUUAAGCGCUGCAGAAGGCAGUGAGAUCAGAUGAAGAUAUGCAAGGCUUCCUUCUACUUUGUCAUAUGGUGUAAUGCUCCGGUCUGAAUAGAGUCCCACACAAGUCAAACCGGCAUUUCUGCCCUUUCUGCUUUUGUUAGGACGUUGUCAUGCAAGUAGUUUAUUCUCAAGGUUGUGUCUGAGGUGAGGCUGAAAUGGGUGGAGUUUGUCAGCAUGACGACACAGCAAGCCUAGUGGGUGGCGUCAGAUACUUACGGUGCGAUGAAGUCAUAUAUUAUGUGUCUCACAGUCGACUGUGGAAAUUUUGAAACACUCCUGUCCUCAGUGAGGUUCUCGAGCUCCCAAGCUACAUCCGCUGAGAAUCAAGCCGUUUGAUUGACAGGUACAGCACUUGUCACUAACCCUUAACACUAACUGACACGGUGCAUGUGCAACCUCAUUUCUGGACUGAUAGUUACAGUAGCCUAAAUAUUAAUCGAAUGCUCCUGAAAAGUCUUUCUAUGACAUAUCUGUUGGUCUGUUACGGUAGUGGAGAGGCACAAAACCUGGCAAAAUGACGGAUGGAAUGCUGUAAUAUACAAUGACAGACAUAUUUACUGGAAUGAUUGUUUUAAUUGUACAGAAAAAAAAAGAUUUUGGUAGCAAAAAGUUAUUCAAUUAUAUAAUUAAAUCUUUUUUCUCUUCCCUUUUGAAUGACAGUUUUUUACAAAUAUGUGCAUUUCCCCCGCUUUUAUCAUCUAACCCUGUACAUUUGCCCCAAGGGGAGUGCAACACAGCUGCAGACAUGAAAUGGUCUGCAUGGAAGUCAGUCACCCAGUUAGAUUCACGUGAUGUAAAUAUCGCCCCUCACCUACAACCACGACUGCAGGUCUGUUUAAAACUUAGUGUAUGUAUGUAUGUAUGUAUGUAUGUAUGUAUGUAUGUAUGUAUGUAUGUAUGUAUGUAUGUAUGUAUGUAUGUAUGAAAUUUUCACUUGUGACCUCUUGCACAUUUGUCAUAUACAUACAGUAUGUACACGACUGUAUGUGCCUUAGCUACUGUUCCCCACUAGAGGCCUUGCCAUUCUGUUAGGAACACAUGAUCUGUUUAUCUGUCAAGACCACCAGCGUGUCAUCUGCAUAUUAUCUUGCUUAAAGAACACGUGUUAAUUUAUCUGUCUUACCAAGUCUGUUUUUUUUUUAGCAAAGGUUUUUUAUUCAGAUUUCUGGAUUGGUGAUUGAGGAGUUUUUGAUAAAGAAAACUGAUGCUGUGACAGCAAAGUAUUCUCGUGUCAGCCUAUACACUGCUACUUCUCUUAACUGGCCUAUCCCGGCUGGGAAGCGGUCUCAUAUUAAACAACCUGUCUCGGUAAUCUUUGGAGGGCUUGUGGUGGGAUUAGAGGAUUUUAGCCAAUCUGCGUACGCAGUUUCUCGAAAGGUAAUUUUAACGGGAAGGAGAAUCGGUCUCGUGUUUUUGGGACAGACCUGAACUGGUAUUUAUUCCUUGUUUUACUUGCAGGCUAUUCUUUUCUGAGGUCUUUGUUGUGGACUGUUUGAGAAAUGUCAUAUUAAACAUUGAGCAAACAGUAUAUCGAAUAUCUGGUUGCAAAAAUUAGUAUAUAUUUUUUCCUGUCUACUGAAAUUAUGGUUUAAUAAAACACGUUGGAACGUCAA